GCUCCAUGUGAAUCCUGUGUAUACACAGACAGUGCUGCUGUCACCCUGCCAGUCACUUCUCUGCCAAGUGCAGCUGCUGAGCCCAGAGGAGUCCUAGCACAGGCAUAGAGAGUCCCUGUACCCAGGAGCUUGCAAUCUAGUCUGGAGUCUGGCGCUUCACCUGCAAUCAGCAUCCUCAAAAGCCGCAGUGCCAUGGCAGCCCUGAAGUACGCAGGCCUGGAUGAUACCGACAGUGAGGAUGAGGUGCCGCCCGGAUGGGAGGAGAGGAGCACCAAGGAUGGAUGGGUUUACUAUGCCAACCACUUGGAUGAAAAAACCCAGUGGGAGCACCCAAAAACCGGAAAGCGCAAGAGAAUCGCAGGAGAUCUCCCAUAUGGCUGGGAACAAGAAACCGAUGAAAAUGGGCAGAUCUAUUUUGUUGAUCACUUGAAUAAGAGGACCACUUACCUAGACCCCAGACUUGCCUUCACCGUUGAAGAUCAGCCAACUAAGAUGAACACAAGGCAGAAGUAUGACGGGAACACCACGGCUAUGGAUAUUCUCCAGGGUUGUGAUCUGACCGGCAAGGUGGUGAUCGUCACAGGAGCAAACACUGGGAUUGGAUUUGAGACCGCACGUUCCUUGGCUCUUCACGGUGCACUGGUAAUCCUGGCAUGCAGGAACCUCCAAAAGGCGAAUGAAGCCAAACGUCAGAUAAUAGAUGAGUGGCACAAAGCGAAGAUAGAAGUCAUGUGCCUGGACCUCGCCUCCCUCCGCAGUGUGCAAAGCUUCGCUGAUGCCUUCAGGAGCAAAAACCUGCCUCUCCAUGUCCUCAUUUGCAACGCUGCAGUCCUUGGCCUUCCCUGGCAGCUGACAGAAGAUCACUUUGAAGAGACUUUCCAAGCCAAUCACCUCGGCAAUUUCUACUUGGUCUCACUCCUGCAAGACAUAUUACGUCAGUCUGUCCCAGCAAGGGUGGUUGUGGUGUCUUCAGAGUCUCACAGAUUCACAGAAAUUAAAGAUUCAUCGGGGAAACUUGACCUCAACCUGCUUUCCCCAUCUAAGAAGGACUACUGGGCUAUGUUAGCGUACAACCGUUCCAAGCUCUGCAAUGUUCUCUUCUCCAAGGAAUUGAACCGCCGCCUCUCUCCUCAUGGGGUGACGUCCAACGCGGUGCAUCCAGGAAACAUGAUGUAUUCGUCCAUUCAUAGGAACUGGUGGGGGUACAGGUUGCUGUUUGGUUUGGUUCGACCCUUCACAAAGUCCAUGCAACAAGGAGCUGCCACUUCUGUCUACUGUGCGGUCUCCCCAGACCUAGAGGGCCUCGGAGGGAUGUACUUCAACAACUGCUGCCGCUGCCUGCCUUCGCAGGAGGCCCAGAGAGAGGAGACGGCGGAGGCCUUGUGGGAGCUGAGCGAGAGGCUUAUCCAAGAACGAGUUGGCAGCCAGUCCGAAUAGCAGGGAGCCGCCGUUAGGAUCAAAACACGUGGCGUGUGUGUGCGUUAGGAACCUGCCAGCUUUGGAAGCUUUCCAACCCUAUCAUCAAGAGGGUUUCCAUAUACCUCUGAUACAGAUUAACUAGUGUUAAAUGGAAUAAUAGCAGUCACAACAUGGUGAAAAAUGUUAAGUACUAGAGGGAAAUGGGGAAUUCUGCAGGGUUAAAGGGACAAUAUCUCUUUCUAGUCGCUGGUUAAGCCUAUUCCUUUGUCUUAAAAUUAGGGAGAAAUCAAAUUAAAAGAAACAGUGAAAGUUCCUCCUCCGACCAUUGUCCUGUGUCUGAUAAAACGCAAUGCUGGCAUCACAUUACAAUUUUAUCAUCUGAUAUAGGCUACAUGCACACGACCGUAUGUGUUUUGCUGUCUGCAAAAAAAAAAGCGGAUGACAUUCCGUAUGGCAUCCGUUUGUUUUGCGGAUCCAUUGUAAUCAUGCCUAUCCUUGUCCGCA